ACGGCAGGAUGGGGGCGGGGCAGAGUGAACUGGCGCCGGGAGAUUCGAGCCUCGACCCUGAUCCGGACUGCUUUAACACUCCUCUGUGAGCCCUGGAAGUAACCCGCACACCUACCACAACCGGAGCCGUUUCACGUGCAUAUUUGUAGCCAUGGCGUUACGUCGUUUGAUCUUCCGGAGCGGGAUCACCUGUCGUUAAACCGUUCAGAUGGAGGCCAUGGAGGUAGACUUCCCCGUGGAGCUGCAGGGAGGAGGUGGUCAGCAGCCAGUUGUUGCAGCAGCUGUGGAAGCCAACGUGCCUUACGUCAUCACAGACUCUGGCAGCAGUACAGAGGUGGACGAGGAUGACGAUGAAGACGGUGAAGGAGGACCGCCUGCAGGUGCUCCGCCCCGGCUUCCAGCCACCUGGGCGUUUAGUCAGAGAGCUGUGGGCGGAGCUGCAGCCACAUCUUCAGCAGCUCGGGGCGUGCCUAUACGGAGGAGGCUCAGGCAGGGCCUCAGGGUGCACUACCCGAGCCAGACUGCAGCGCCCUCCAGAGGCUUCCCCGACUUCCUGCUCCGAGUGCCUGCUGCCACUGUGGCGGAGCCGGAGUCUGGCAGCACCACCGAGGUCAGCGAGUCUGACGAGGAAGAGGGGGCUGAGCGGGGUGAAGCAGGAGCACCUUCUGCUGCAGAGCCUGUGAACCCUGUGCCACCUGCUAGUCCUCGCCUCAGUGCCUCCUUCCACAACACGCAACCACAGGAGGCUUCUACAAACAACUCGGGUCCAGCUACAGUGACUGAGAGAACAGAAGCUCCAAAUCAGAACGUCCAGCCGGUCUCUGUGGCGUCGGCGUCUGUCCAGCCGCCCCAAACCGAGGAGAUGGGCGAGGGUGACACCUGCUCCAUCUGCUUUGAGGCGUGGACGACGGCGGGUGAUCAUAGACUGUCCGCUCUGCGCUGUGGACACGUCUUCGGCUUCACCUGCAUCCAGCGCUGGCUGAAGGCUCAGGGCCCGGCCGGGAAAUGUCCCCAGUGCAACAAGAAAGCGAAGCGAUCAGACAUCUUCCUGCUGUACACGCCGAAGCUGAGAGCGCUCGACAACUCUGAGCAGGAGAGCUUAAAGAAGUCCCUGGAGCAGGAGCAGUCUCUGAGGAGAAAAGCUGAACUGGAGUCGGCUCAGUACAAACUGAAACUUCAAGUCGUCACCAACCAAUACGGACAAGCCCAACAAGAGCUGCAGGAGCUGAGGGCUCUGAUGGCUAAGGCCGGUAGGAGCUCCCUCGCCUCCUCGGCGUCGUCCUCGCUCCGCCUUACUCAGUCCCAGCUGGUGGAUGGCCUCAGGACGGGUCAGUACAGCUUCUCCAAGGCGGUGCUGGUGUCUCAGUCUGGAGGAUCCAGAGUGUUAUCGUACUGUGAACCUCUGAGCUGCCUGCUCGCCUCGCAGCUCUCCCAGCACGCCACGCUGAUGCCUGGUUACGGAGUGAAGAAGGUGAGCGUGGUGAACAUGAAGGCGAGUCAGUACGUCCCCAUCCACAGCAAACAGAUCCGAGGUCUGUCCUUCAACAGGCAGAACGACAGUCUGCUGCUGUCUGCUGCUCUGGACAACACCAUCAAACUGACCAGUCUGCUGACCAACACGGUGGUUCAGACCUACAACGCGGGUAAACCUGUGUGGAGCUGCUGCUGGUGUUUGGACAACAGUAACUAUGUCUACGCAGGUCUGAUCAACGGCUCUGUGCUCGUCUACGACACCAGAGACACCAGCACACACGUGCAGGAGCUGCAGCCACUGCGCUCAAGGUGUCCGGUUGCGUCUCUGAGCUACGUCCCGCGGGCCGCCUCCAGCUCGUUCCCCUGUGGCGGGCUGAUCGCCGGCUCUCUGGAGGGCGCGUGUUUCUGGGAGCAGGUUAAUGAGACCACGUACAGGCCGCACAUCCUGCCGCUGGAGAACUCUGGCUGCAUCGACAUCCAGGUGGAGACGGAGAGCAGACACUGUCUGGUCACCUACAGGCCAGGACGCUCCAAUCCGUCUCUGCGCUGCGUCCUGAUGGCUCUGAACCGGACGCCUCAGCAGGACUCCAGUCAGCUUCCCAGCUGCUCCUGCUCUCCGGUGCAGACGUUCAGCGCCGGACCGUCCUGCAAACUGCUCACCAAGAACGCCAUUUUCAAGAGUCCAGACGGAAGUGGGACCCUGGUCUGUGCUGGGGACGAAGCCUCCAACUCCACCAUCGUGUGGGACGCAGGAAGCGGCUCCAUGCUGCAGAAGCUCCCCGCCGACCUGCCGGUGUUGGACAUCAGUCCGUUCUCGGUGAACGGCGAGCACUACCUGGCCUCGCUCACGGAGAAGAUGCUGAAGCUCUACAAGUGGGAGUGAAGGAGAAGGACUCAUCUCUCUCUCAUUUUCAAACCAGAGACUCGAAACAAAAAUGUCGUCUCCUUGAGCACAAGGAGAGGAAAGAGGCUCGGUGUGGAGCCAAGGGAAUUCAAAUGCUGCUCAACUUUUAUUGCAUCAGAAAUGCAAAAAAGCAAAAACUGAUGAAGAGGAGUGAUGCUUGAAGAACCACUUCAGUUUUUUUAUACUGAUUUUUGAGGCCUUUAUCGGAUAGGACGUCUGAAGAGAGACAGGAAGUGUUAAGAGGAGAGAGUGAGGGACAGCAUGCAGCAAAGGGCUGAGGUCGGAUUCUAACCUUCCGUCCGCUGUGACGAGGACUACAGCCUCCGUACACAGGACAUAGGACAUAACCACCAAGCCAUCCGGUGCCCCAGUUGUGGUUUUGUGAACAGAGACAUGAGCUGGCGUUCAGCACAUCGGUUCCCUCCAGUCAUACGAUUGUCAUAAUGUAAGCCUCGCAACAUUUCAGAAAGGUUUCUCUACAUAGAAAGACGUUUUGUUGAAGAGAUUUUCUUCAAACAGAAACUGCAGUCACGUCUCUGUUCAAAGCCAACAGACUCCAUUGACUAAAACGGCAGCACACGAGAUGUUUGUUGACCUCUACCUCCGUCAGUGAGCUCGCUCAUUUAUCGUCUGUUACACAAACGUUUUUAAUGGAUCUGAACGAGGUAUUUAAAAGGUGUAAAUCAGACGAUGACACAAACAAACUAAGCAGUUGAGUUAGGCCCCGUGUCCACCUGGCGUUUCUUUCUGAGCGCCAGCGUCUUCUUUCAAUGGUUUCAUUGAGUAGAAAGCAGCUGACCAGACAGAGCGCAGCACACAGCGUCUUUUUUUUCCCGACCGCUCUGCCUUUUUUUGUGCGGCCACUCGAAGCGCUCAAGUUGAUAAACUUUAAACUUUUCAGAAAGGCGCUGUUGAAGUCUUGGGCGCUCUUUUCCAAAUAUUUGAUAAUCCCCGAAGUUUUGUCUCCUACUGAUCGUGUCUUGAACUCACAUCCUCCUCGCUCCGUGUCUGAUCGGGAAAUAAACGAUCUUAAAAUAUAAAGCAUGCAGUAAAAAGUAACGGAG